CUGCUGGUACUCCACUUGUUUUGACAACCUUCCCUCACCUUCAGCGCGACAGUUUGAUACCCUAUCUCCGCUAAAGAUCCAACGACCCCACAGUUGUGUGCGUCGACUUUGGAACAUGCCGCGGACCUCUUCGUUUCUACCGAGUACAGUGUGAUCGCCGUCGUUUCGAUUUUCGCGUUGCAGCUUCUCAUAGUAGUGUUAAUCAGGUGAUCUGAUCACAUCAUCCACAUCCCCCAACAUGGCCGGUCCGUUGCCUGUUGGUCUCCCGUCCGGCUCAAAUAAUGACAAUGGCAGGGGAAACGGGCUACUUUUAUACUUCCAUCACUAUUCAUUUUAUUCUCAAAAGGUUGUAAUGGCCCUACAUGAAAAGAAACUUCCAUUCAAAACACAUUUAGUUAAUGUCCACAAAGGUGAACAAUAUGAUCCGUGGUUUAUGGAAAUAAAUCCUAAAGGAGAUGUUCCUGUCUUGAAAGAUGGUGUUAAAAUUAUACCUGAUUCCGGCAGAAUUCUAGAUUAUUUAGAAGACAACUUCACAAAUGGGAGAACCCCCCCACUCAUUCCUAAAGAUCAUGGGAUUGAGGUUCGUCAACGAGUUCUACACUUUCGAACUUUGUUGGAUCAAUUGCCAGUCAACCACAUUACUGCCGGUUCAAUUUAUCAUACUGAUCUAAUUAGCAAUCCAAAACUACCGUUUGUAUCUCCAUUUCGUCAUAUGUUAAGAGUUUCCGAGAUAAAUCAAUCAAAUUAUAUGCGGAAGCAUGCAGAAAACAAUCCUAAAUUUCGUGAAAUACUCUUACAAAGAGCUGAUCUUGUGGAAAAGAAACAUGAGUCAAUUGUCAAUCGAGAAGAGUUCACUAAAUGGUUGAACAGUGUAGAAACUGUCCUUGUUCAGGUAGAAGAUGAACUAGCUUCUCACAGUACAGAAAAAACAGAUUGGUGGUUAUGCAGUCCAGAAUUCAGUAUUGCAGAUGUUGCACUUACAGUUCUUUUGGACCGGCUCUGUUGCUUGGGGCUUCAGGAACGCUUUUGGACUGGGGGGAAAAGUCCAAACCUUGACCUAUAUUUCAAAAGAGUUCAAAAUCGUGAUUCCUUUAAAAAAGCUGUUCCUUCUACAUUGAUACACUUGCAACUGUUAUUAAUGAUGACUCCUCGUGUUGUUGGUGUUAGCACUUGCAUUGUUGCUGCAUUGGCUGUGUUAGUUGGUGGGUAUUUUUAUGUGAAAAGAAAAUGAUUGUGAACAUUUACUCAAACCAAGUGCUUAUUUAUGCAAUGCAUUUUUUGCCCACAUGUAGUGUGCUUUGCUUCUGUUGUAUCUUUCCUUGAUUUUACUUUCAAGUGUGGCUAUGAUUUUACCACUGCAGUUUGUUUGAUGCCCCCUCAUUUACAGCCCAUUUCUAUCACAUGUUGUUGUGUACAGAACAUAGCCAUUUUUUAAUAGUUGAGUUGUAAUCCUGUUUAGAUGUUGGUUCCUCAUGUAAUUGUUGGCUUUGGUCUUGUAUCUAUUUUUAUUUAUGAUUUUAGUUGUAACCCAAUCAAAUACAAAUAAUCGCACUCUUUCCAUACACUGCUUUUGAAAAAAUUAUGCAUUUAAUAAACUAAGGAACUGUUUUCUUUUUCCUCUCUACUAAUUGUAUAAGCCCAACAUUGUUAAACUGUUACGCUAUGAGGUAUUAAAUAUUUUUAACAAGUUCUAUGAAUGUUCACUCAUGUUUGGUAAGAUAAAAUUCAUGUAGACUUCCUAAAAUGUUCCUCUUCAAUUUUCUUAUGAAUUUGUACAGCUGAAAAGUGUGCCUGUGUGUGCAUAAAUGAUGGUUGCUUUUGUUUUGUUCAUUUAUUUAUUGUUACUCGUUUAAAUGUUCUCUUCUUUUUCUAUUUAUUCAAGGGAUCAAUCUAUAUUUGUAUCGACAUUUUGACGUUUGACCUUCAAUUAUAUGUGUAAGCAACAAAAUGGUAACCAGGCGGCUGUGAUUUUUUUUAAAAAUAGUCCUCAGGCUAGCCAGACUUGGUGUUGUUGUCAGAAUGCUGUGAUAGAGGUGGUGCUGUUGAACUGUUGUGUAACAUUUUUCUUUAUCAAUUUUGUGGCUUUUGCGUUACAUUUUAGGCACUCUUAUGUGAUCAAUUACUGUAUUGAGAGAAUUUUAGUUAGAUAAAUAUUUUCAGAAGGAUUUUACUGUAGGAAAUAGUUUUUCACACUUCUAUUUUUGUUUAAAAAUAUGAUUGCUGCAUUGUGCACUACAUUCGAUUUGGUGCAGGGCAUUGCCUCCAUUGCUGGUGGUGGUUAACAUUGACCAUUUUAUUUGUUGGUAUAUGCUGGUUUAGUUGUACUAACUAUACCAUUCCACUUCUCAGCGUUUGUUGAAUAGUCACAUGUUAUGUGUUUGUACUUUAAAUACCUCUCUUAUAAGACUGUUCAAAUGCUCAAGCACAUGAAGGUUGCAGCUGAGUAUAAUAAAAUAAAAGCGUAUUAUCCUGUAAAUAAUGAAUAAAAAUCUCUAAUUUCUUA